UGUGUCCCGCUGCUCGGAGCAACUGCAAACUGUGCACACUCCGUCCCGCAAAAAACAGUCAUGGCAGAGAAAGGAGUGAAGAUUGUGGUGCCACCUGCAGUAUCAGUGGUGCCCGCUGUGCAAGCUGUACCUGUGGUGCCACUGGACCAGCCAGAACAAAUGAAGCAAUCAAAGAGCAAAGACCAUUGUAAGACAUGUCAGCACCACGCACCAAAGGCUCAUGGAAGUAUGACUGUCCCUCCAGCAUACGCGGACUUGGGCAAAUCAGCCAAAGAUAUCUUCAACAAGGGGUUUGGCUAUGGAGUGCUGAAGCUGGAUAUCAAGACAAAGUCUCAGAAUGGUGUUGAGUUUGCCACCUCUGGCUCCAGCAACACGGACACAGGGAAGUCCGGAGGUCACCUGGAGACCAAGUACAAGAUGAGUGACCUGGGCCUCAGCUUCAACCAGAAAUGGAACACUGACAACACUCUGACCACCGAAGUCACUGUGGAGGACCAGAUGGCUAAGGGUUUGAAGCUUGGUUUGGACACAUCGUUUGUGCCUAAUACUGGGAAGAAAAGUGCAAAAUUGAAGACUGCAUACAAACGUGACUUCAUUAACGCUGGUUGUGACCUGGACUUUGACAUGGCGGGGCCCACUGUUCAUGCAGCUGCUGUGUUGGGGUACGAGGGCUGGCUGGCCGGGUACCAGAUUGCCUUUGACACUGCCAAAUCUGUAUUGACCCAGAACAACUUCGCUAUUGGAUACAAGGCUGGUGACUUUCAGCUGCACACUAAUGUUAAUGAUGGCACAGAGUUUGCUGGUUCAAUUUACCAGAAGGUGAACAGUAACUUGGAGACAGCUGUUAAUUUGGCCUGGACAGCUGGCAGCAACAACACACGCUUUGGUAUUGGUGCAAAAUACCAGCUGGACAAGGAUGCGUCUGCCUCUGCCAAAGUUAAUAACACUGGUCUUGUCGGGGUUGGAUACACACAAACACUCAGACCAGGGGUGAAACUCACUCUAUCAGCUCUCAUUGAUGGAAAGAAUGUGAAUGGUGGUGGACACAAGAUCGGCCUGGGCUUUGACUUGGAGGCAUAGACAAGGAACACCUGAGAGAAAGGUCCAGCAACAUGCCUUUCCUCUGAGAUGGAAACCCCAAGUCAUAAACUGUCAUCCAGUCAAUUACACUUUUGGCCUUAACUCUUCCACCUCAAUGACCAUUUGUACUGUAAUUUUAGACCGAAGCAUUUUUUUUUUAAAAUGGUUUUCAGAUGUACAAUUUUAACAGCAAUACAGUUUCAUAUAUUUAUAUGAGAAACAUACCAUACCAGCUGUUUGAAUAUACUCAAAUGUAUCUAAGUGCACUUUUCAUUUAUUUCAUUAUGAAGUCAGGCGUGAAGCACCUUAUUACUCCUCAGCUCAUUUCUACUCUUCACUGGGAUUUUGAACAUUUGUAAUAAUCUGUUCUUCUAGAUGUUGUGUUGUUGCAUGCCUUUAUUGUAACCUCUGUGUUACAUUCAAUAGGAAAUAUAAACACAUUGAAGGCUUGGGAAUAAAUAAUAAACAGUUAAUGGUCUAGGUCUGAGUAGCCAGAGCACCUCUUUACCUCAAUACACUAACACAGUUUUCAUGCUGUGAGGAUUUUCCAACUAAAUUGUUUAUUGAAACUUGUUUCGUGAGGUACUCUUUUGCAUGUUGUGUAUCCCGUGUGUCUUGACUAAAAACGUGGCAUUACAGUUAAUUUGUGCAGUGUUCAAUAGAUAAUAGUCAGAAUUUAACUACUCUUUCUGACAAUAAACUCAUGGAAUAAAGAAAGUCAA